GCGGAGAGAGGAAGAGGCAAUGGUGGUUGGCGUGGGAGAGGAAGGGGAAGAUCACGCGGCAGAGGUGGAGAUUUUCAGUGGCCUCGUGAUGCAGAGCAACAAGGAGGAUAUGCCAAUGGUAGGCCAAGAAAUGCCAGUAGAGGGGGCAGUCAUGCAAGACAAGAUGCAGAGAGGAGGAUACCAGGUAUUGGGUACCGUAAACUUGUUGAAUUUCAGUCCAAAGAACCUUCUGAACUUUUAACCACAUUAAAUCACUCAAGAAGUGGAUUUCGGGAACUCUUGUCAUCAGACUCGUUGAAACCUGAUUGGAUCAAGCUUGUCCUUGCCUUGUUAGCUAAAGCUUGCACAUGCAGCUCGACGCCCCAGCUUUUGAUACAGCUACUGAACAUUGUCAAAGACUCCAAAUUUUUGAGUGAGCACCUUGUAAAGUACAUUGCCCAGAUGGGUCUAGAAAGUUCAAUCUACAAGCAAGAAGAAUUUAAAGAGCCCAUAAAAGACAUGCUAAAGAUAUUUAGAGAACUACUUAUAAGGUUACCACAGGCUGCAGUAGCCACUGUUCUGGGUCCCUUGUCAAUGUUAGGUAGCACCAUUAUAAGACUUCAGGUGAAUAGUGACAUUAUUGAUGAAGAUAUUGAGCUUCAACUGGCAGAGGUAAACAGCUUGAGUGAAGCCAUUUUGAAGACAGAGCAAGAAGGCGGUGCAGGGUGUGACAUGGCCGUAGCUUCUGAUGAUCAGCUCCCACCAGAUGAUUUCAGAAAUGUUCCCGUUUUCCCCACUCUUGAUGACAUCAACGUGAAAGAAGAGCCAUUUCUAAGAGCAAAUAAGACACUUGGUGGAUACCGAAAUGUCAACCAUUAUCUUGAUGUCCAGUUUCGCCUCCUGCGCGAAGAUUUUGUACGGCCUUUAAGAGAGGGAAUUACAAAGUUUUCAAAUCUUGGAUCUAUCAACAGAAGAGAUGACCGUCUUCAAGACAUCCGUAUCUACCAUGAUGUCCAUGUGGUUAAUCCAGUGUGUACAGCAAAUGGAUUGGUGUACAGAAUACGUUUUGAUGUGUCCAAACUUAAGGGGGUGAGGUGGGAGUCCACUAAAAGACUUAUCUUUGGUUCUCUUGUAUGCCUGUCAUUGGAUCAUUUCCAAACAUUUCUGUUUGCCACAGUUGCCAACCGCAGUCCAAAAGACUUGGCAGAAGGGUUCCUAGAAGUACGUUUUGAGCAGAGAAUGGGAGAGGUACACAGAAUUUCGCCCGCCACCUCCUUCAUUAUGGCUGAGACAACUGCUUACUUUGAGGCAUGUCGCCAUGUUCUCUUUGGACUACAGACCAUUGAAGAGGAUGAAUUUCCAUUGGAAAGAUAUAUAGUUCGCUGUGAAAAGGAGGUGGCUCCACCAAAAUACCUGAUGGGAAGAGCCGGGUAUAGAGUUGCAUUUGAUUUAAGUCCACUAACAGUUGACCCACUUGUCCAAAGACAGAAACCCCUCCUUCAACUUGAAGAUGGUACAGAUAAUGAUGACUUCCCAGUGUACAGUCUGGCAGUUGAGAGUGCCCAACAGGUGCCAGCACUGAUUACCUCGCGCUGGCCUAGUGCUGAGGUGUUCCACCUGGAUGAAUCCCAAAUGCGAGCCCUGAAGACAGCCCUUACCAAAGAGAUAGCUGUUAUACAGGGACCACCUGGUACAGGCAAGACGUACCUGGGUCUGAAGAUUGCUCGGGCGCUCCUUCACAAUAAAGCUGUGUGGGGUGGAGACACUCCUGUUCUAGUUGUAUGCUACACCAACCAUGCAUUGGAUCAGUUCCUAGAGGGCAUACACACCUUCAUACAAAAUGGCAUUGUCAGGGUCGGGGGCAGGUCAAAGAGCAAGGCUCUGGAGAAGUUUUUAAUCAGAAACCUGAAAGAUGAAAUGCGUCAAAACAAGAAGGUGCCAAGGGGGGUCCACGAAGGUUUGAAUGAUGCAAGAUCAGAGAUGAAGGAAAUAGAGUUGCAAAUGGAAAAUAUUGUAGCCCGCAUAGAGCAGACAGACCAAGGAAUCUUGCAUGAGGACACACUACGCCCUUUUAUUGACCGUGUCCACUACAGAAGCCUAACAGAGUUCAGACAGCCUCAAGGGUUGGAUUGGCCAUUUGAACAAACUUCUCAAAGGAAUUCCAAUAUGGUCGACUGGUUAGGUUUGGGAAAUAACCUGUAUGCCCCAGGGGAUUAUAGAGGGUUUGAUGAAGGAGAAAGAAAGGAGGAAGGGAACGAGGAUGAAGAAGAAGAAGAGGAAGUUAUUGAUGUGGAAGAAGAAGCAGACAUGUUGCAGGAGCAAAGGAUAAUUGAUGAUGAAGAAGAGGAAGCUGAUUUUUCUAGGAGGAGGAGGGUGGUCAUUUCUGAUAUUCCUCUUGCCCUUGAUUUUGAUAACUUAAGCAUCUCUGAAUAUGGUAAUACCAAAGACGGGGAAGAUAUGGGUUGGCAAGUGCAAAAUCAAACAUCCAAAAAACGCAAGAAGAUACUAAAAGAUGGGCUUCGCAACAAGAAUGCAAUGUCUGAAGAUGAAGCUGGGGAAGUGGGCAACGUCUGGACCCUUUCCGACAAAGAUAGAUGGCGGUUAUAUCACUUGUGGAUUACCAAAUACUGUACACACCUUAAGGAAGGUAUAGAAGGGUAUGAGGAACAGUAUGAAGAAGUCUCAGCACGCAUGAGGGAAGUCAAGAACCAGCAGGAUUUGAUGAUUCUUAAAGAGGCUGCUGUGAUUGGCAUGACCACAACUGGCGCUGCCAAGUACCGCAGCAUCCUCCAAGAAGUCCAGCCCAAGAUUGUGAUUGUUGAGGAAGCAGCUGAAGUACUCGAGGCCCACAUUGUGACCUCACUUACGAAGUCGUGUCAGCAUCUCAUCCUGAUAGGGGACCACAAGCAGUUGAGACCAACACCAACAGUUUAUGAUCUGGCAAAGAAGUACAAUCUUGAUGUGUGUCUCUUUGAGAGAAUGCUCAACAAUGGCAUGCAAGUUAACUGCCUACAGCUGCAGCACCGCAUGCGUCCUGAGAUUGCUACAUUGCUAAGGCACAUCUAUCCGGAGCUGCAAAACCACCCAAGUGUUGAGGAUGCUGAAGACAUCAGAGGCGUUUCUAAAAAUAUGUUCUUCAUUAACCAUAGCUAUCCAGAAUUUAAGGAUGGAGAGAACAAAAGUCGAUCCAAUAAACAUGAAGCAAUGUUUAUCGUUGCCCUUUGUAAGUAUCUCCUCCUUCAGGGAUAUGGGGCAUCGCAGAUUACCAUUCUAACAACUUACACAGGCCAGCUGUUGCAGUUCAAGAGAAUCAUGCCCAAGACAACAUUCGAGGGAGUGCGUGUGUCCUCGGUAGACAAUUUUCAAGGGGAAGAAAAUGAUAUCAUCUUACUAUCACUUGUCCGCAGCAACACAGAAGGAAUCAUGGGAUUCUUGGCUAUUCAAAACCGCAUUUGUGUGGCGUUAUCACGCGCCAAAAAGGGUUUUUAUGUGAUAGGAAACUUCAGGCUGUUAGCUGAAAAUAGCAUGUGGAGCCAGAUAAUUUAUGACCUUCGGAAAUAUGGGUCUAUUGGAGAAGGUCUGCACUUGUAUUGUCAGAACCAUCCAGAAAAAGAGGGCAUUCUUGCCAAGACAGAUCUUGAUUUUAAAAAGGCACCAGAGGGUGGGUGCAUGCUACCUUGUGAAUAUCGUCUUCCUUGUGGACAUGUCUGCAAAAAGGUCUGCCAUAGCUAUGAUAAAGAGCAUGCAAAUCAUAGAUGCAUGGAGCCAUGCAGGAAGACAAUUUGCAACAGGAUGCAUCAGUGCACAAAACGCUGCUUUGAAAAAUGUGGCAAAUGCAUGAAGAUGGUGGAUCAAGUCAUGCCAGCCUGUGGCCAUAAGCAAUCAGUGGCUUGCUCAGUGGACCCGUAUCUAGUGUCCUGUAAUCAGCCAUGUGAUGUAAAACUGCCUUGUGGGCACAAGUGCAGCAACAAGUGUGGUGAGGAUCACACAAAGAAAUGUGAUGAGGUGUACCCACGUCUUUGGCCAUGUGGUCAUGUUGUCACGACAUACUGCCAUCGUACUCCUGAGACUUUCCCAUGUCCUAAACGAUGUGAAGCGAUACUGGAGUGUGGGCACAAAUGUGCUGGGGAAUGUGGAAAAUGCAGACAAGGGCGACUGCACAUGCCAUGCCAACAGAAAUGUGAUCGCACUUUAGUAUGUGGACAUCCAUGCAAGGACACGUGCACAAAGAACUGCCCCCCUUGUCAGAGGCCAUGUGAGAACCGCUGUGUGCACAGCAAAUGCCAAAAGACUUGUGGAGAACCCUGUGUGCCUUGUAUGGAAGACUGUGCAUGGGCCUGCAAGCACCACAAAUGCAGGAAGCUGUGCAGUGAGCCAUGUGACCGUCCACCUUGUAAUGAACCUUGCAGCAGGAUGCUGAGAUGCAAACAUCCAUGUAUUGGCCUUUGUGGUGAGCCAUGUCCCAAAUUCUGUCGAGUUUGCAAUCGCGAGGAGGUGACAAAAAUAUUCUUUGGGACUGAGGAUGAAGAUGACGCUCAUUUUGUACAACUCGAGGAUUGCAAGCACUACUUUGAAGUCAGUGGACUUGAUCAGUAUUUUGCCAUGGACAGCAGUGAUUCAAAAAGCAUGAGCAUUCAGUUGAAAUGCUGCCCUCUGUGUAAGACACCAAUUAGGAGAAACCUGCGUUAUGGCAGGCAGAUUAACACCCAGUUAGCAAAUAUAGAAUUAGUGAAAAGGAAAUUGUCUGUUGAUAUGCACAUACUCCUUGCAACUCGCAGACAUCUGCAAAGAGAAAUUUCUAACAUCAUAGGGGAUUCAAGUGGUUUGACACAUGCACAAAACAUAUUAGCUGAUUUUGAAUCCAAGAUUACAGGUGGAACAUUUUCUGCCGAUCAGUUGGCCUUCAUUGAGAAUCAAAUCAACUUCAUUAAAAAGCUCUCUGGCAUGAAAUUGAAGCUUGCAGUACAGCGAAAGAAAACCCAGAAAUAUGCCAGUGAACUCAAGGACAUUAUGAAGGAGCUCACUUCACUUCAUUUCUGGGUCGUUCAGCCUCGCUCUCACAUGAGCGAGCAGGAGACAACCCAGUUCAGUGCAGAGACAACUCGCCUGGCCCUGCUUGGCAACUGGUUCAUCAUGAAAACCCAAAUAGAGAACAGCGGGAGGACCUUGCCUCCCGAAUUAUCUGAUCAGUUUGAUCGUGUGAAAACCCUACUGUGUGACAAGAAACCACUUUCUCCAGAAAGAGAGGCAAAAGUGCAGAGAAUAUACUCUGAUGUGAAGGAGGCCUGUCCAGCCUCGGGGCUAGGAAUCACAGACACAGAACGCCAGGAAAUUGUUCAAGCCAUGGGUCUGACCCAGGGGCAUUGGUUUAAGUGUCCAAAUGGUCAUAUCUACGCAAUCGGAGACUGUGGCGGUGCCAUGGAAGAAGCAACAUGUCCUGAGUGUAAGGCUCGUAUUGGUGGACAGAGUCAUCGACUCCGGGAUGACAAUCAGUUGGCUGGAGAAAUGGAUGGGGCUCCCCACGCUGCAUGGUCAGAGGCAGCCAACUUGGCAAAUUAUGAGGGAUUUUGAUUCAACUUCUUCUGGUGUCAGGUCUGGUGAAGGAUCCAGUUUACUCUAUUUUCAAUCACAUCAAUGUGAUUAAUUUUUGUCGAAUCGAGAUGGAUUGUGGUAGAAUACGAGCAGUGUUGCAAGUGGAAUGUAGGGACGUGGAUGAUUUGAACGAUCUUAACCAAUUUGAUUUAUUUUCUUGGAACUGGUGAAUGCAAGUGAAGUGAUUUAGAAGAAAUUGAACUCUUCUCUGGCAUCUGUAUUUAUUAUGAUUGCUGUGUACUUGUAUUGAGAUUGUUCCAAAGACUGUCAAACAUUGUGUGUCAUGUAAUUGUUUGUUGUGAACACAAAAAUCUAACUGUUCUUAUUUGAAGACCCCUUAAAAGCAUCUAGACUUUGACAAUUGGAUAAAAAGAAAAUGCUGGUGAAUUAAGAAGUGAACUUCGACCCACCACUAAAUGGGCGAUUUGAGAAUUGACUUGUUCUUACGACGUUUUGAUGAUAUUAGAUAUUAAUGGCAGUUUUUGAAUUUGAUUUGUAAAAGACCAGUUGAAAAAUGUUGUGUUGCAAUACUUAAAUAUGUGUUUUUAAUAGAUAUAAACACUGUUAAAUUAGAAAAUGCGUGAAACCAUAUAUAACCUAAGAAGGUCACAAAAUGUAUAUAUGUAAGUUUUAUUUAUUUAUUUAUUUAUUUAUUUUUUAUGUGCCGGGUUGUGAAACCCAUUAUUUUCAGGCAAAAAUGCAUAGGACAAAAUGUCUGUAUGGGCAUAUGGAGACUAUAUGCCCAUAAAGACAUGCAAAUAGAACCCUUCUGAUUAGGAAUAAAAAAGAAGCUUAUUACAUGUAGCGGCAAGGUAAAAUGUUUACAAUAUUCUGAGUAAUAAUCAUUUAAAAUGACAUUUAAUUUUAAAUUCACAGGAAGUUUACCUUCACACCAUCGCGUUUUCCAAGGUUUCAGACUCCGUACGUCAUCAGCUCUUACGUAGCCUUAGUAUUGUUUUAAAUGUUUAUACACGUGAUCCUUCUAUGCAUUUAAUUUUGUGUGUGGGUUGUGAUUUUCUGAAACGAAUGAUUGCUAUUUAUAGUUUAGAUUUUGUGAAAGGGUAUCAAUUCAUUAAAUUUUCAAGAAAGGUCAGGCAUGAGCCGUUGAAGAUAAUAUAAUAUUAGCUUUUGUUGAUUUUGUUGAUAAUUCAUUAAUUAUGAAAUGGUUAAUUAUUAAUUAAUUAUUAGUCCUAGCGGAGGUUGUGUUUCCUGAGUGCUUUUCUACAUGUAGUUAUUGAUGGUUUUCCUACUAAUCCUUUCAUAUGGUUGAGGUGGAUGCGUAGUAAGAAGUAUUAUAGCGAUAUAAAAAGAUAAUUGAUGAUAAUUGUGAUGUAAUUGUUUCGUAAUGGUUACAUAUCCUCAAUGAGAUUUCAAAAAAACAUUUAAAUUGAACUCUUUGUGGGCCCAGUUGUGUUUUCUUUGAUAUUAUAUUAUUAUUGGUAUUAUGUGAAUUAUAUUUUAUAUCGUUUAUUUAAUUAUCUCAUGAAAUUUAGGUCUGAAAUUUAAAAAGCAUUCAGAAGUAAUAGUGUGAAGUAAUAUUACAUUUGGAAAUUUCUUUACUUGACUUUGACCAUGGCUAUUCAAGACAUAGUUGAUUUGAAAUGUCAGUUUUUUUUAAUGCAGAAAAUUUUGAGGAGAGAAGUACGAUGUUGUAAAAUGAAGCCAUGCUCGUAUUUAUUUUAUCUUUUUUUAUUUAUUACAAAAAUAUUUGUGAUGAAGCUAUUGACUAGUGGUGCCUGAUGAUACCGUAAUUCAGUGUAGAUUGUUUCAUGGUGAAAAGAAUCGCGAAACAAAAUUCGAAAACUACCAUUAAUUAUUUGUUCAGUGUAACUGGAAGUUAAAAUUUAUUGUGAAAGAAGAGCUUAGUGUUUCAUGAAGCACAGAAAAAUGGGGUCCUUUUCACAUCGAGCGAUACACUAUAGCGAUACAGAUAUAUUGUACGAGUUAGUUAUAACGUGGAGAAACGCUUAAACGAAACCUUCGCGCUUGCUACCCUCUACCAGGGCGGCAGUUAUUAUAGGCACAUUUUCCACCAGCCACAAUUAAAAGAUUGCAAGAGCAAGAUUGCCUUUGUCGCUGACUUUUUGUAUCAUUUAGACAGUUAGACACUGAUGUCGGGCAUUAUUUGUCCAAGACUGAACAGUAGGGAGCGAUGUCGUAAAAAAACUUGUGGAAAGGCUAAAAAUUCACCGUCGUGUGAUAACACGUACGGGCAUCUUAAUGUGAGCUGGAAGAUACCGGGGUACCAUAUCGCUUAAGUGUACUGCUUGAUGAGUAGAGUGCCAUAUUAAAAUGAAGAAGGAUUCAGUCUGAAAAGAAAUAAAGGUGUGAUAUUCAGAAUUAUCAAAUUAUCAUAAAGAACACGCGAAUAAAUGUUUGGCUUAAAGAAAAGAAACGCGUCCUUGUUGUGUGAUUUUUUGUUGUAAAAAUGACCAGUUAUGCAUAGAGAAUUAUCCAACCUAACAUUAAAAAGGUGCUUCUAUCAAAUAUUGCUAGCAGGCAAUAUGGCAUACGUGGUUAUAUCGACGCAAUAAAAAUAAAUAUCAGAACCUAGGAUUCAAAAUGAGAUCUUGUAUUCAUAGAC